AUGUCAGGCGCAAAUACUGACAUCGCGGUCGUGGGAGCAUUCAAUCCGGUCGAGGGCCAUAUCGUUUCCGUCCCCACACACCAGGAAAUCGACGAGAAACUGCGGAUCUCGGCUGAUAAUCGAGAGAUUUCAAAAGAUACCUUAGAUUUUGAUACGAAAGAAUUGUCUGAUGUCGAUAAGGAUGAUAAUAGUGAUGAUAAUGUAAUUAUUAUUACUGGUGCAGAUGCCGCUGCGCACUUGUUGCCGCUAAGAGAUGAUGGAGAGCCUGCUUUGAGCUUUCGAAGUAUUGUGCUGGCAACUGUUCUCUCGGGCUUUCAGGCCGUUAUGUAUCAGAUUUAUUCGUUCAAACCAACCUCCUUGGGUGUUAUCCAAGGUACCUUCAUCGUUCUCAUUGCCUACUUUCUCGGCAAGGCAUGGUCAAACCUCCUUCCACGCGGUGACAAAUUUGAAGCUCGAUGGAGGGAGAAGGAUGGACAAGGUACACCACCACUCUGGAUACGAAUUAUAUCCUUCUUCAACUAUGGACCGUGGAAUCUCAAAGAACACGCUAUUUGUGCCAUCACAGCCACAUCAGCCUCCAACGCGGCCGAGACCAUUACCGUAUUUGCAGCUCAGAAUUUGUUCUAUGGCAUACCUCUCAGCCCCACUACCGUCAUCUUGGCAGUAAUAUCCAUCGGUCUCUUCGGCUACGGGCUCUGCGGAAUCCUUCGUCCCAUCAUGGUAUGGCACCCGGAAUCGGUAUACUGGAGUACACUCCCCACAGUUAAAACCCUACAAGGACUUCACUGGCAAGAUUUGAAACAUUCUAAGCCUCUCAGAUACUUCUGGUAUGCGUUUGGAAGUAUGUUCGCUUAUGAGUUCUUCCCGGCUUAUGUCUUUCCAUGGUUGAAUUCAGUUUCUGUUCCGUGUUUGGCGGCUAUGAAUGCCACUGGGGACAAGGCGGCUGUUCUUACGAAUCUCUUUGGAGGUGCAACGAACAAUCAGGGGCUGGGUCUCUUUACGCUUUCGUUUGAUUGGCAAUACAUUACAUCUUUCAAUACUUCUCUUCCUCUCAAAACACAAGCACACACUCUGGCAGGAUAUCUCGUCUGUUUUGUCGCCAUGCUCGGAAUUUACUACAGCAAUGCCUGGGAUUCAAAAGCACAACCCUUCAUGUCAACGCAACUUCGUUCGGAAAAUGGCUCCAAAUAUCCCACGAGUCUGGUGUUCUCUAAUGGUAUUCUUAAUGAUACGGCUUUGGAAGAAUAUGGUAAUCCGAGUUUGAGUGGAAGUUUCGCCUAUGCUAUGUUUAUGGCGAAUGCGGCUAUCGGUGCCCUGAUUACACACUGCUUCCUUUUCUGGGGUGGAGAUGUUGUUCGGGCAUUCAAGAGCGCAAAGGCGGGAACCUAUGAAGAUCCUCAUCAUGCGCACAUGGCCAAAACUUAUAAAGAAGCUCCAUGGUGGUGGUUUGUUGUUGUUCUCAUCAUCAGCUUUGUUCUUGGUCUCGUGGUCGUCUUGAAGGAAAAUAUCACUCUUCCGGUUUGGGCAUAUAUUGUUUCUCUAUUGCUGGGAAGUUUUAUUGCUCCUUUGAGUAACCUUCUCUAUGCUCGUUAUGGAAAUGGUAUUGCCACAAAUAACUUGUCGAAGAUGUUGGCGGGUCUUAUGCUCCCUGGACGGCCAGUUGGUAAUAUGUAUUUUGCGGCUUGGUCGCAUAAUGUCAUCGCAAACACUGUCAAUCUUUCCAAUGAUCUGAAGUUGGGUGAAUACCUCAAAAUACCUCCUCGUGUCAUGUUCCUCACUCAAGUAUAUGGUACUAUCCUCGGUGGAUUCGUCAACUAUGUCGUUAUGAUAUCCAUCAUAAACGGUAACCGCGAACUUCUCGUCUCCGGAAACGGUAACAAUUCCUGGAGUGGCGCUACAAUCCAAGCUUUCAAUACCAAUGCAGCUUCGUGGGCACUAGCAAACAAGCUUUACCGAUCUGGCGCCAAAUACUCAGGUGUACCUUUAGGUUUGGUGAUUGGCGCCGCUCUUGUCAUGCUCCACCGAAUUAUCGUAGUUUUCAUCCCCAAAAUCCGCGGUUUUGCCCUAACCGAAAUCAACAUGCCGCAAUUCAUCCAAUACGCCGGAUACAUCCCCUACAACCAAUCGCAAACCUGCGUGAUCUUCAGCCAAGUCCUCGCCGGUUUCUUCACCCAAUUCUAUCUCCGCAACUACCGACCGGGCAUUUUCAAGAAUUACUCGUACUUGAUUACGGGGGCUUGGGAUGGUGCUAGUUAUACCGUCUUGUUUAUCUUGUCGUUUGCGGUGUUUGGGGCCGGAGGUUUUGCGGCGCCGUUUCCUUUGUGGUGGGGGAAUAAUGCGGAUGCGAAUUAUGAUCAUUGUCCUAUUGCUGAGUAA